AUGUCUGUAGUGCGAAGUGAAUUACCGAUUCCUUUACCUAUGAAUGUGAAGGGAGACCUCAAAGGGAACUGGAAAUUCUUUAAAUCACAAUGGAUGAAUUAUGAAAUAGCCACAGGCCUGGACAAGAAACAGGAUGCAAUCAGGAUAGCAACAUUAUUAACAGUCAUUGGCAAAGAUUGUUAUCAUAUUUAUGAGAACUUAAACCUCACGGAAGAAGAGAGACAGGAUAUAGCAGCAGUUAUAGAAGCACUUCAAAAACACUUUACACCAAAGACAAAUGUUAUCUAUGAAAGAUAUAUCUUCAAUACAAGUGAUCAACUGCCUAAUGAAACACUAAAUGACUACAUCUGCAGGCUGAGAGAACUCGAGAAGUCGUGCGAAUUUCGAAACAUGACUGAUGAUAUGAUACGUGAUCGUCUAGUGUUAGGGACCAAAGACACAGCAUCAAGAGGCAGAAUGUUAAGAGAAGCCGAUUUAACACUGGACAAAGCUAUAACAAUGUGUUUGACAAGCGAAAGAACUUCAUCACAGCUGAAGAAGUUAGAACACAACACCAGUCAUACAGCCAAUUCAGAACAAGCAGAAGUGAAAUACGUCAGUUCAAAAGGAGACAAAGCCUAUAAACCCAGAGGAAAACAUCCAUUCAAAGGUCAAGGGAAGAAACAGCAGAAGACUGUACAGCCAAAGAACAGUGCAAUGGUUAUUAAGUGCAAGUACUGUGGAGGCACACAUCCACGAGACAGAGACAAAUGCCCAGCUUUCGGACAUACAUGCUGGAAAUGUAAGAAGAAGAAUCACUUUCCAAAAGUUUGUAAACAGACUACUGUGAACAGUAUCCAAGAUGAAGACACAAGUGACUUGGACUCUGAUUCUCUAUAUGCCGUGAAUUCUUCGUCUGGAAAACAGUGA